CGACGUUUGUUUUCAGUUUUCAAAGAGAAUUUUUACGAAGCAAUUUCAUCAUAAUUCCAGAGAAAAACUAAGAAAAUACCGUGAAAAACAUUUAUUAUUCGUUAAAGAAAUCUUCAAGAACAAUCAGUGAUUGUGUGUGAUAAGAAAAUUAUCCAAAGAAGGUUUUCCGGAAAAAUGGAUUCAACGCUGACUGCGAAGGAAAUCCGGCAGAAGUUCCUGGACUUCUUUGCUGAGAAGGAGCACAUCUAUGUCCAUUCAUCCUCAACCAUUCCCAUGGAUGAUCCAACACUGCUCUUUGCCAAUGCGGGAAUGAAUCAAUUCAAGCCAAUCUUCCUGGGUACGGCGAAUCCCAAGAGUGACAUGGCCAUCUGGAAGCGUGUGGCCAAUACGCAGAAAUGCAUCCGUGCCGGUGGGAAGCACAAUGAUCUCGAUGAUGUGGGGAAGGAUGUGUACCAUCACACAUUCUUCGAGAUGCUCGGCAAUUGGUCCUUUGGGGACUACUUCAAGCGCGAGAUCUGCACAUGGGCAUGGGAAUUCCUCACGAAGCGCCUCGGCCUACCCAGUGAGCGUCUCUAUGUGACAUACUUCGGAGGGGAUGCCGCUUCAGGGCUCGAACCGGAUCUUGAGUGCAAAGAAAUCUGGCGUGAGCUGGGUGUACGCGAAGAGCACAUCCUUCCGGGAAGUAUGAAGGACAAUUUCUGGGAAAUGGGUGAAACUGGCCCGUGUGGCCCAUGCUCUGAGCUCCACUUUGAUCGUAUUGGUGGUCGCAGUGUGCCGGAACUCGUAAAUAUGGACGAUCCGGAUGUGCUGGAGAUUUGGAAUCUUGUCUUCAUCCAAUUCAACCGCGAAGCCGAUGCUACGCUGAAGCUUCUGCCGAAGAAACACAUUGACUGCGGGAUGGGUUUUGAGCGUCUCGUCAGUGUUAUCCAGGGGAAACGCUCCAACUACGAUACAGACAUCUUUGUGCCCAUCUUCGAUGCCAUCCAAGCUGCCACGGGAGCUCCCAAGUAUCAGGGUCGUGUUGGAGCUGAAGAUGUCGAUGGCGUGGACAUGGCCUACCGCGUUCUAGCUGAUCAUGCCCGCACCAUAACCAUUGCCCUGUCAGACGGUGGCUGCCCCGACAAUACAGGUCGUGGGUAUGUCCUACGACGUAUCCUCCGACGUGCUGUUCGUUUCGCAACAGAAAAGCUCAAUGCACGUCCGGGAAUGUUCGCUGGGCUCGUUGAGACAGUUGUGCAGCUUCUCGGGGAUACCUUCCCGGAAAUUGCCAACAACCCGCAACGUAUUGUGGACAUAAUCAACGAGGAGGAGCAACAAUUCCUCAAGACACUCGUCCGUGGAAGGAAUCUCCUCAAUCGCACCAUUGCCAAGCUGGGAGAUGCUAAAAUUGUUCCGGGAGACGUUGCAUGGCGUCUCUAUGACACUUUUGGCUUUCCCGUUGAUCUCACGCAUCUCAUGGCUGAGGAGAAGGGACUCUCCAUCGACAUGGAGGCGUACGAGGUGGCCAAGGAACGUGCCCAUGUGAUGUCCCAGGGGAAGGAGGCUUCCAAGGAGAAUGUCAUCACACUGGAUGUGCAUGCGCUGUCAGAGCUGGAAUCCCGGGGAGUGCCCACAACGGAUGAUUCCUACAAAUACAAAUACGAACGGAAUCCCGCCAAUGAGGGUGAGUACAUCUUCCAUCCGUGCCCAAAUGCAACAAUCCUGGCCAUUCGUCGUGGUCAGGAAUUGGUGGAGGAAGUCCAGGCGGGUGAAACAGCUGGCUUGGUGCUGGACAAAACCUACUUCUACGCGGAAUCCGGUGGGCAGAUUUACGAUCAUGGGGUGCUGACAAAGGUGGGCAGCGAUGAGGGGGAGUUGUUUGUUGAGAAAGUCUUCAAUCAAGGUGGCUACAUCCUGCACAUUGGCAAAGUUGAGGGAACCCUGAGAGUUGGGGAUACAGUUCAGUUGCAAAUUGAUGAAAUUCGUCGGCGUCUCACGAUGAAUAAUCAUUCAGCCACGCAUGCCCUCAAUCAUGCCCUAAUCCGUGUCCUGGGUGGGGUUGUGAAUCAAAAGGGAUCCCUUGUGGUGCCUGAGAAGCUGCGAUUUGACUUCAAUUUGGAUUCUGGGCUCACGGCGGAACAUGUUCAGGCCAUUGAGGACAUUGUGAAUGACUACUCACGCCGGAAUGUUCGGAUCUAUGCGAAGGAAGCAAGCCUGGCACUGGCUAAAACCAUCCAAGGACUCCGUUCGGUGUUUGAUGAGGUCUAUCCUGACCCCGUGAGGGUUAUCUCCUUCGAGGUACCCGUGGAUGAGCUGGAAAAAGAUCCCGGAAGUGGAGCUGGAUUGAAGACUUCCGUGGAAUUCUGCGGUGGCACACAUCUUCACUGGGCUGGGCACAUUGGGCAUUUUGUUGUGGUAACAGAGGAAUCCAUUGCUCGUGGUAUUCGUCGUAUUGUCGCCCUGACGGGCCCUGAAGCCGAUAAUGCCCUCAAUCGUGCCCGGAUCUUUGCUGAGCGUGCCGAUGCCCUCAAGAAGCUCACGGAUUCCGAGACAAAUCUCUCGGGGACGCUGAAGAAAAUUGCCCAACUGCAGGAGAAUGUUGCCCAAGCUGUCAUCCCGUACGUGCGGAAGCAGGAGCUACGGAAUGCCCUGAAUCAACUCACGAAGACCGUGAUUGAGAAGCGGAAGCGCCUGCAGAAGGAAACAGUGACAAAGUGCCUGGAGGAUUUGGCAAAUCUCAGUGAGAACCUCCCGAAUGAUGCAAAAUUCGUCGUUGUGCAGCUGGAUGUGGGUGAACAUGAGAUCUCUAUUCCCAAGGAUAUUCUGGGGAAGGAACAGGCGAAGCUCACUGCCCUACCGCGCCUCUAUCUCACGCUGGAACCGGAAACGGGGAAAGUCAAUGCAAUGGCGGUGGUGCCGAAUAAGGGGGCUGGUCCCCUAAAGGCCAAUGAAUGGGUUACGCACGUUACGGGAGUCUUUGGGGGGCGCGCCGGAGGGACUCCUGAACGUGCUCAGGGUAUUUUCCUGGCCAAAAUCAGUGAUGUCAUUCAAACGGCCGAGGAAUUUGCCACGAAGAAGCUCAACUAAGGGCAACAGGAGUAAAGUUUGAGAUUCAAUAAAAGCACGCAGAAAAAGAGAUAAA